CCCGCCAGGCCAGUGCUCUCAGUGCGCAGGCGCGGAGCUCUCUCCUUGUCAGUCGGCGCCGCGUGCGGGCUGGUGGCUCUGUGGCAGCUGCGGCUACUGGACUCCGGCACCAUGAGCGGCUUCAGCACCGAGGAGCGCGCCGCGCCCUUCUCCCUGGAGUACCGAGUCUUCCUCAAAAAUGAGAAAGGACAAUAUAUAUCUCCAUUUCAUGAUAUUCCAAUUUAUGCAGAUAAGGAUGUGUUCCACAUGGUAGUUGAAGUACCACGCUGGUCUAAUGCAAAAAUGGAGAUUGCUACAAAGGACCCUUUAAACCCCAUUAAACAAGAUGUGAAAAAAGGAAAACUUCGUUAUGUUGCAAAUUUGUUCCCGUAUAAAGGAUACAUCUGGAACUAUGGUGCCAUCCCUCAGACUUGGGAAGACCCAGGGCACAAUGAUAAACAUACUGGCUGUUGUGGUGACAAUGACCCAAUUGAUGUGUGUGAAAUUGGAGGCAAGGUAUGUGCAAGAGGUGAAAUAAUUGGCGUGAAAGUUCUAGGCAUAUUGGCUAUGAUUGAUGAAGGGGAAACCGACUGGAAAGUCAUUGCCAUUAAUGUGGAUGAUCCUGAUGCAGCCAAUUAUAAUGAUAUCAAUGAUGUCAAACGGCUGAAACCUGGCUACUUAGAAGCUACCGUGGACUGGUUUAGAAGGUAUAAGGUUCCUGAUGGAAAACCAGAAAAUGAGUUUGCUUUUAAUGCAGAAUUUAAAGAUAAGGACUUUGCAACUGAUAUUAUUAAAAGCACUCACGACCAUUGGAAAGCAUUAGUGACUAAGAAAACAGAUGGAAAAGGAAUUAGUUGCAUGAAUACAACUGUGUCUGAGAGCCCCUUCAAGUGUGAUCCUGAUGCUGCCAGAGCCAUUGUGGAUGCUUUACCACCAUCCUGUGAAUCUGCCUGCACAGUACCAACAGAUGUGGAUAAGUGGUUCCAUCAACAGAAAAAUUAAUGAGAUUUCUCUGGAAUACAAGCUGAUAUUGCUGCAUCAUAUUCAUCUGGAUGUAUUCGAUGUAAAAGUAGUAGCUUUUCAAAGCUUUAAAUUUGUAGAACUCAGCUAACUAAAGUAACUUCUGCUGCGGCCUGACCAAUCCAAUACACUCAGAAUGUUAUCUGUCUAAAGCGUUUUUCAUAUCUCAACUAAGAUAAAUUUUAGCACAUGCUUAAAUAUCAAAGCUGUUGUCGUUUGGAAGUACUUGUGAAUAGAUGUGCAAGGUGAACACAUAUUGGAUGUAUAUGUUACCACAUGAUAGGAAAUAAAAUUAUUUUGCUGAAA